AUGGAUAGGACAAAUUCAGAAAGUACUAUUCGUAUGAAGUUCACUGAUAAUGAGGUUCCUGGACAACCAUAUAGAUUUCAGAGAAUAUACAUUUGUUUUGCUGCUUGCAAGUUCGGUUUCAAGGCUGGUUGUAGAAAAAUAAUAGGAGUGGAUGGUUGUUGGUUGAAGGGUCCAAUGUACGGAACUCAAUUGUUAUCUGCAGUUGAAAUUGAUGGUAACAAUAAUAUAUUUCCCAUUUCCCACGCCAUUGUUGAGAAAGAAAAUAAAGAGACAUGGACUUGGUUCUUGACUUAUUUGGCUAGCGAUUUGGAUAUACAUGAGGAUGAGGCUAGUUGGACCGUUAUGUCCGACAAACAAAAAGGUCUCAUUGAAGCUUUUAAUGAUAAUUUACCAUAUGCACUUUGGGCUGCUGCAAAGGCUACUACUGUGCAACAAGUUAUUGUAUGCAUGAAUCAUAUGUUUGAGUUAGAUCCAAAUAUUGCUGCUUGGUGUAAUGAAAAAGAACCUAAUCAAUGGACAAUGGCUUAUUUCUCCUCAGAUGCUAAAUCUGACAUGUUGUUGAAUAACGUGUGUGAAGUAUACAAUAGCAUGAUACUUGAUCCUAGAGACAAAUCAAUUUUGACACUUUUGGAGAAAUUGAGAUAUCUACUCAUGGCUAGAAUGCUAGCUAACAGGGAGAAAGCAGAACAAUGGAAUCUAGGUGAUGUUUGUCCCAAGAUUAAAGAUAUAUUGCUUAAAAAUCAAAAGGCAGACGGAGAAUAUAUUCCUAGAAAGUCAAAUCAAUGGAACUAUGAAAUUACAGGGGCUAGUAUCAUGGAUAAUUGGGCAGUGGACUUGGAGAAGAGAGCAUGUAGUUGUAGAAAAUGGAGUCUCACUGGAAUCCCUUGCAACCACGUAAUUGCAGCUAUUUGGGCUAAUCGAAAAGACACUUUUGAUUAUGUCUAUGAUUCCUACAAGGUGGAAACAUACCGAAAAAUAUAUGAGAAUGCAAUUUUUCCGAUGAAUGGCCCGCAAAUGUGGCCAAAAUCUAACAAACUUCCUCCGUUGCCUCCAAGGAGUUUGACAAGUACAAAGAGAGGAAGAAAGCAGAAGAAGAUAAGAAAAGAAGCUGAUGAAUUUCUGCGUGAAUAUGGUGCUGUUUGGUGCAAUUUUUGUGUUGUUUUAAUGCAAAUAUGGUGCUGCUAUUUUGUUCUAGGGCUUUCUGGUGGUGGUGUUGAUGCAAGUUUAAUGCUGAUUUAG